AUGGAUUUAAAGAUUUCCGGCGUAAUAUCUCCGUUUCGUGCAACUAACUCCGUCGGUCCGAUGUCGGCUGCUCCUAAAGUCAAUCGAUGGAUCAGGCCUGAGGUAUUUCCUCUGUUUGCUGCAGUUGGGGUUGCCGUCGGUAUUUGCGGCAUGCAAUUGGUCCGCAACAUCUGCACCAAUCCCGAAGUCCGGGUAACCAAGGAGAACCGAAGUGCUGGAAUCCUUGACAACUUUAAGGAAGGAGAGAAAUACUCCCAACAUGCUGUCAGAAAGUACGUUCGUCACAAGUCUCCUCAGAUCAUGCCGGCAAUUAACCGCUGGUUCUCCGACCCCCAACUCUGA